AGCCUCUUGACGAGUAGGACGCGGCCCCGCGUGUACCGAGUUGACUGUCAAAGUCUCAAAGAGCCCAAUUCCCGGAAGCUGUGAGUUCUGAGGAAAGUUUUAGUUCCUGAGUGUGCGAAUCCCCAACGAUGAGCGCCCCGGGCGUACAGUCCUUUACCCAGCAGGGUUGGGAGCAGGUGCUGGCCAAAGCGAAACGGGCCCUGGUCUACCUGGACGCCGCCUGCGCCGAGAGCCUGCACUGGGGUUGCGGACCCACCCGGCUCCUGGAGGCGGUGGGCGGUCCUGCGUGCCACCUGCGGGAGUUCGAGCCCGAAGCAGUGGGCGGCGGAGCUAAACAGCCCAAGGCGGUGUUUGUGCUGAGCGGCCUCCUGAAAGGCCGAACCGUGGAGACUCUACGGAACAUCAUCUGCCGCAGUCACUUCCAGUAUUGUGUGGUGGUCACUGCCGUGGACCACGCUGUGCACCUCACGGCUAAUCACGUGCCCGCGGCCGCCGCGGCUGAGCUGGAGGGGCAGCAGCCAGUAUUCGAGCAACUGGAGGAGAAGCUGUGCGAGUGGAUGGGCAACAUGAACUACACCGCCCAGGUGCUGCACAUCCCGUUGUUGCUAGCCCCUGCUGCUCCCUGCCUUGCCUUGACUCCGGCCUUUGCUUCCCUUUUCCCACUGCUACCCCAGGAUGUGCAUCUUCUUAAUAGUGCCCGACCGGACAAGAGGAGGCUGGGGAGCCUGGGUGAGGUGGAUGCCACCGCCCUGCCCCCUGAGCUGCUAUUGCAGAUCAGGUGCCUGGUGUCGGGCCUCAGUUCUCUGUGCGAGCAUUUAGGAGUGCGGGAGGAAUGUUUUGCUGUAGGCGCCUUCAGUCGGAUCAUAGCUGCAGAUCUGGCCAAUUAUGCUCCUGCCAAGAACAGGAGGAAGACUUCUACGGGCAGGGCCUCCGUGGUCUUUGUGGACAGAACCCUGGAUCUCACAGGAGCCGUUGGACAUCAUGGAGACAACUUGGUAGAGAAGAUCAUUUCAGUGCUUCCCCAGCUCCCCGGCCACACCAAUGAUGUGAUGGUUAACAUGGUAGAACUCACUGCACUGCAGAAUGAAGAGGAGAAUCAGAAUAUGGUUGCACCAGGCUGUCUUGCACAAUACAAUGAUACUGCAGCCAAAGCCCUGUGGGAAGCCUUAUUGAACACCAAGCACAAAGAGGCAGUGAUGGAAGUCCGGAGACAUCUAGUGGAAGCAGCAAGCAGAGAAAACCUGCCAAUCAAGAUGAGUAUGGGGAGAGUCACUCCGGCGCAGCUCACGUCCUAUAUGCAUCUCUUCAAGAACAACCUCAAAGCUCUAGUGAGUCACUGUGGACUCCUGCAGCUUGGGCUGGCCACGGUUCAAACUCUGAAGCACCCGCAGACUGCCAAGUGGGACAACUUUCUGGCGUUUGAAAGGCUCCUUCUCCAGAGCAUCGGGGAGUCGAUGAUGCCUGUUGUGUUAAAUCAGCUGCUGCCCAUGAUUAAGCCUUCGAAUCAAAGGACCAACGAUGACUACAGCCCCGAAGAGCUGUUGGUCCUCUUCAUAUACAUUUAUUCUGUCACUGGAGAGUUCACAGAGGACAAAGACCUGGCUGAAACAGAAGAAAAAGUGAAGAAAGCACUGGCUCAAGUCUUAUGUGAGGAGUCUGAGUUGUCGCCUUUGCUGCAAAAAAUCACAGGCUGCGACUCUUCAAUUACCCUGACAUUCCACCAAGCCAAAACUGCCGUGGAUGCCCUCUUCACAUCACUCCGGGAUAUUGCCGGGGCUCGGAGUCUCAUGAAGCAGUUCAAGUCUGUAUAUGUUCCUGGAAACCAUACCCACCAGGCAUCCUACAAGCCGUUGCUGAAGCAGGUUGUGGAGGAAAUAUUUGAUCCCGAAAGGCCAGAUCCUGUUGAUAUUGAGCAUAUGUCGUCAGGCCUCACCGACCUCCUGAAGACUGGAUUUAGCAUGUUCAUGAAGGUGAGCCGGCCUCAUCCCAGCGACCACCCUCUCCUGAUCCUCUUCGUGGUGGGCGGCGUCACAGUCUCUGAAGCCAAAAUGAUUAAAGACCUUGUGCCAACCCUGAAGCCAGGAACCCAGGUGAUUGUGCUGUCCACGCGCCUCCUGAAGCCACUCACCAUGCCUGAGCUGCUAUUUGCCACUGACCGGCUGCACCCAGACCUUGGCCUCUGAGCAUCUCCUGAGAGGAUGCGACCUCCCGAGAUGGAAAUACCAGUCCAUCAGCUGCCGUCGUUUCAGAUAAGCCCCCAAAGCCGGUGUCCCUGGUACCAGGGGUCCUUAUGGCUGAAUUCUGCCCAGAGGUCUUGAGAACCACCCAGUGAGGUCGUUUGCUUGGAUUCCUGUGAUUCUCUUUAAAAAAAAAUUAUUUUCAUUCUUC